UCCUAACCAACUACGCGAUACUCGAGUCAAGCUGCCCUUUCAUUGCGUUCAUCCCCUUCUACACAUUAGUUCAGAGAAUGACUCGGGUUUCUACCCGCCUCAUUAUUCUUAUCCUUAUGAUCGAGUACAUUAACCUUCUCCCGGAUGGCUUCCAAAGUUGUGUCAAAAAUGAAGAAAUAGACGGCAAGACGCUUAACACCAAGCCACCCAACAUACACCAGAUAGUAUUUCCAGCCCGCAUGUUGCAAGUCAAUGAGGCUCACAAAGCUAUUGACAAAGAACGAGGCCUAUCCAAUAAUCAUCAACGGAACCAGUCCUUUUGACCGCAUCGGAUAUGGCCGUAUUCGUACUAAGUGGCCAAUGACCUCAAUUCCAAAAUGCUGAACAGUUCAGUUUACAAAUUCAUCUUACUCCGCCCAUGAGCCUUUGUCAACUGCGGGUAAUGCGAUACUUCAACAACACUCCUCGACCAAAAACUCGCACCCCUCUUUGGACUCAUCCAUAGCACUGCCGCGUCUCGGUCAUUCCAUUGGUGAAGAAGGCAUAGCACAGGGCAUCUGGCAUCUCGGUGCUCUGCAAACCAUUUCCAACUACGCUUCCAUGACUCCGGAACAAAUCGUGGCAGGCUCAGCUGUGGGUCAGGUGUUCGAC